AUGGGAGACAGCAUAGUAGCUGGAAGUGAAUUGACCGAUCGAACCAAUGUCAUUACAGGCAAACUGAAACAAAUCUAUCGCAAAUCCGUCUUGCCAGUGGAAAAGCGAUAUAAGUAUGAUUACUUUUAUGAGAGUCCCUUGUUGACCGAUGUCGAAUUUGAUGCCAAACCACAAGUACUUUUGGUGGGUCAAUAUUCCGUCGGAAAGACUUCCUUUAUUCGCUAUCUUCUCGGACGUGAUUUCCCUGGACAACGCAUUGGACCCGAACCGACUACCGAUCGAUUUACCGUCUUGAUCAAUGGACCAGAAGAACGGACCAUUCCGGGAAAUGCUCUCAGCGUCCAUCCCGAUCUUCCCUUUCGUGGACUGGAACGAUUUGGGGUUUCGUUCCUAAGUCGAUUUGAAGGAAGUCAAAUGCCCAGCAGUGUCUUGCGAUCGGUAACCCUAGUGGAUACGCCGGGAAUUUUGUCGGGAGAAAAGCAACGCACCAAUCGAGGUUAUGACUUUACCAAGGUCGUUUCGUGGUUUGCGGAACGUGCGGAUUUGAUUAUCCUCUUGUUUGAUGCCCACAAGUUGGAUAUUUCCGAUGAACUCAAGGGGGCCAUUGACGUCCUAAAGGGACAUGAAGAUAAGAUCCGGUGCAUCCUCAACAAGGCGGAUCAAAUUGAUCGACAACAACUCAUGAGAGUCUAUGGAGCACUCUUGUGGUCACUCGGAAAGACAAUGACAUCUCCAGAAGUCGCUCGGGUCUAUGUUGGCUCCUUUUGGCAAGAGCCACUCAAGAAUAUGGACAAUUCGGAACUCUUUGAAAUGGAAGAGAAGGAUCUCAUGAAGGACCUUGCCGUCUUGCCACGUCAAUCUGCUGUUCGCAAGAUUAAUGAAUUGGUCAAGCGCAUUCGCAAGGUCAAGACAUUGGCCUUUAUUAUUGGACACCUAAAGGCUGAAAUGCCAACUCUUAUGGGCAAGGAGAAGAAACAGGCAAAGCUCAUUGCCGAUUUGCCAAACGUCUUUCGAACCAUUCUCAAAAAAUUCAACUUGGCGCCUGGGGACUUUCCCGAUAUUGCAGGCUUCUCGGCAAAAUUGCGGGACACCAAGUUUGCCGAGUUUUCGACACUCUCACAAAAACAAAUUGAUGCUUUGGACGACGUUUUGAACAGUGACAUUCCAGCAUUGAUGGAACAAUUGCCCAGUGAAAAGGAUAGUCCGGAGACGCUUCGGGCGAAAAUGGGGGGAUCUCCCAGCACAGCAUCGGUUCCAGUUCCAAACACUGGAAACAAGUAUGGAAAGCAAGACAACUACGAGAGCAAUCCAUUUGGAUACGCGCAAGAGGAUACAGCUCACUACUGGGCACUCCAAGAUUCGGCGGACCGUCUGAAACAGAGUUUUGAGGCCUUGGGACCCGAGGGUGGAUACCUCCCCACAGCCAAGGCUCGUGAUGUCUUGGUCAAGACUGGAUUGAACAAGGACCAACUGCGACAAAUCUGGAACUUGAGUGAUAUGGACCGAGAUGGUUUGUUUGAUCAUGAGGAGUAUGUAGUGGCAAUGUUCUUGUGCGAUGCCGUCAUUCAAAAGGGACGACCGAUUCCAGCAGAAUUGCCACAAAGUGUGGUGCCACCUAGCAAACGUCAUCUCGUGAAAUAA